AUGGCGCAACCCGCGGCAGUGGAUUUCGCCCUUCCGCUGCCCGCGGACCCCCUCGCCGCCGCCCCGCGCGCGAACCACCGCGGGCGGGCAUCCGCUCGGCGGCGCGCGCAGCGCAAGCUGGCGUCGUGCCUGGACCGCCUGGGCGCGUGGAGCCCGUUCGGGCAGGCGGAGGGCGCGCAGGCGGAAGGCGCUAUGCGGCCCGCGCGCGGAAACACUGCGGCGGCGGCGGAGAGGCGGAAGGAUGAGCGCGACGAGGCCGGGCGGGGGAAAGGGGAGGGGGUGGAGGGGGCGGAUUGGACAGAGGAAACAGAGGAUGGGGGCGCGGGGGGGCGGGGAGCGAGCAGCUGCGAGGAGGUGCGCGCGGCGCAACCACUUCAGGCGUGGCGUUGCUCCGCCGCCUUCAGCGCCCCACCCAGCUCUCACACCACAGCAGCAUCUGCAGCUGCGGCCUCCCCCUGGGCCAACACUGGCAGGCUCGGGACGGCGGAGCUUUCCAAGCCGGAGCAUGAGGCUCGGUUGGGUUUCCGAGGCAGAGGCGUGCGCGUGUCUGGGUGGUCCGGGGGCAGCUCGGACGAGAGCUGGCAUGCGCUGGAGCAGCAGGCAGCCCGGCGAGCAGCGCGGCCGGGCAGUGGGGGAGGGAGGCAUGCGCAUGGGCAUACACAAGGGGGUGGGGGUGGGGGUGGGGUUGAAGGUGGGGGAGCACGUGGUGCUGCUCACGAGGGCGUCUGGGCGCACAGCAAUGGCAGCAGGCGCGUGGGAUUCGCCACACUCGCAGGCGAGAGUCGCGAAAUAGGCGAGACGCGAGAGGCAGGCAUUGGUGGGGCAAUGGGUGGCGGGGCGUGGGUGCGAGGCAGCUGCAGCAGCGAUGGCAACGGUGGUGAGGGCAAUGGCGCAGGCAGCAACGCAGGCAGUAUGGGAGGCAGCAUGGGGCCACCCAAGGCGAGGCGCAGUGGGGCGGUGGGAAGGCGGCGAUCGCUGUCCGCACGGGCGGAGGCGCGGAGGCGAGGCGAGGGCGCGGAGGGCGGUGGGGAAGAGUUGGGGCGUGGGGGAGGAGUGCGGGGGACGUUGCCUGGGGAGGGCGAGGAGCAAGGAGAGGGGUGGAGGGAGGGAGGGGUUGGGUGGGCGGGCAGGGAUGAGGCAGCGGAGGCAGGGGAAGGGAGUGGGGCGGGGGCAGGGGGUGAUGCUGCUGCUGUGUUUGCUGCUCGUGGUGCUUCUGCUGCUGACGUGGGCGGUCCAGAUGCAGAGGGGGAGGACGGGGGGCGGGAGAGUGAGGGGGCAGGCGCGAUGCUGGUGGGAGCGGCAGGGGCAAGGCAGGUGUGUGGGCGCAAGAGGGCGGGGCAGGAGGUAUUUGCAGUGGAUGGGGGGAGCGACAGCAGCGAUUACCAUGCAGAGGUGGAGGAAGGGGGAGAGGGGGAUGAGGAGGAGGAGGAGAGGGAGAAGGAAUGGGAGGAAGAGGAGAGAGGCACAAUUGGUGCCAGGGCUGGUAGGUGGGAGCUGGGCGGAACAGGGGAGUGGAGCACGUGGGGAGGUGAAGUGAUGCUGAUGUUGGAGGAGAAAGGUGGGGCGGCGGAGUGGGCGGGGUGCAGAAUGGCUUUGGGGCAGGGCGGGCCACAUGGCGAUGGAAGGAGGGCAGGCAGGUAA